AAAAGGCUUCUAAUAUACGCUAUGAAAAUCGAAGAAGAAAGAUAUGGACUUUCUCGCUUCCGCCAUCAUCAAUUCCGCUACCUUUCUCAUGCAUGGGUGACCAGUGAUCAGAGAUGCUUCAAAACUCUAGUGAACUCUGCUAUCUUGAGAUGUCCAAAACAAAACUCUGUGUCUUUCUGGGCUGCUUCCUUUUGUCUUCAGCGCUUGUUGGAGCACAGAGUCCCAUAACUCAUCCAGAUGAAGUGAGCGCAUUGCGAACCAUCAAGAGAAGUUUGACAGAUCCCAAUAAAAAUUUGACUAGUUGGAAUCGAGGAGAUCCAUGCACAUCCAAUUGGACUGGAGUUUUAUGCUUUCAUACGACCCUAGAUGAUGGCUAUCUGCAUGUCAGAGAAUUGCAACUACUGAGUAUGAAUCUUUCAGGAACUUUAUCACCAGCACUUGGCCGCUUGUCUCGUCUGUUGAUAUUGGAUUUUAUGUGGAACAAAAUUAGAGGGAGUAUACCGAAAGAGAUUGGCAAUAUCACAACCUUGGAGCUCUUGCUCCUGAAUGGGAACCAAUUGACAGGUUCCUUGCCUGAUGAGCUUGGCUAUUUGCCGAAUCUAAACAGGAUUCAAAUUGACGAGAAUAACAUAUCCGGGCCAAUGCCUACAUCAUUUUCAAACUUAAAAAACGCAAAGCAUUUUCACAUGAAUAAUAAUUCAAUUAGCGGACAAAUCCCUCCGGAGCUCUCCAAAUUACCAAACCUUGUACACUUCCUUCUUGACAAUAACAAUUUAUCGGGGUAUCUUCCACAAGAGCUUGCCCAAAUGCCAAAUUUAGCCAUCAUUCAACUUGACAAUAACAACUUUGAUGGGGCUUCUAUUCCUAGAUCAUUUGGAAACAUACCUACAUUAUUGAAGUUGAGUCUCAGGAAUUGCAAUUUGCAAGGAUCAAUCCCUGACCUAAGCAGAAUACCCAACCUUCAUUAUUUGGACUUGAGCUCAAACAAGCUAGGUGGACCCAUACCUGCAAAUAAGCUCUCUGAGAAUAUCACAACCAUUGAUUUAUCCAACAAUAAUUUUACUGGAAGCAUUCCUAUCAACUUUUCUAGUUUACCUCAUCUCCAGAAUCUGUUACUUGCAAAUAAUUCAUUGAAUGGUUCGAUUUCAUCCUCCCUUUGGCAAAACAGAGCUCUAAAUGCAAUAGAGAGUCUUACACUGGAUUUGGAGAACAAUUUGCUUGUCAAUAUUUCUGGCAGUUUUGACCUACCCUCAAAUGUCACUCUCUGGCUUAAAGGGAAUCCUGUAUGCUCAAAUGGAAGUUUAGUUCAGUUUUGUAAAUCUCAAAUUGAGAAUGAAACUAGAAUAAGCACUACAACAAACUCCACCAUUGUUGAGUGUAAACCGCAAUCAUGCCCUUAUGAGUAUUCCCCAACAUCUCUUUUAGAUUGCUUUUGUGCUGAGCCUUUGCUAGUAGGAUUUCGGUUGAAAAGUCCUAGCUUUUCAGAUUUUAUUCCAUAUAAAAAAAUGUUUGAGGGGUACUUGACUCAAGGUCUUAGCUUGUCUGUUUAUCAACUCCACAUGUAUUCAUUUGCAUGGCAAGAAGGACCACGACUAGGAAUGUACUUAAAGCUCUAUCCUAUUUAUGAUAACACUACCAACAGUCAUUUAUUCAAUCCAAGUGAAGUUCAACGAAUCAAGAGCAUAUUCACUGGAUGGAGGAUCCCUCUUGAUGGCAUAUUUGGACCUUACGAACUUAUAAACUUCACUUUAUCAGAUGUCUAUAAGGAUGAAUUCAGCUCUUCUUUAUCAGCAAGCAUAAGUAAAGGUACAUUGAUUGGCAUUAUACUGGGGACCUUUGCUGGUGUAGUUAUGUUAUCUGCAAUCAUUUCACUUAUUCUAUUCACAAGGCACUUGAGGGGCUAUCAUUCAAUUUCAAAACAACGUCAGGCCUCUAGAUCCUUGUUAAAAAUUGAUGGUGUCAAGAGUUUCACAUAUGGAGAGCUGGCUUUGGCAACAAACAAUUUUGAUGUCUUCACUCAAAUUGGCCAAGGUGGAUAUGGAAAGGUUUAUAGAGGCACUUUGGCUAAUGGCACGAUUGUGGCUGUAAAGCGUGCCCAACAAGGGUCAUUGCAGGGUGAAAAGGAGUUCCUAACUGAAAUACAAUUGUUAUCAAGGUUACAUCAUCGAAACCUUGUUUCUUUGGUUGGUUAUUGUGAUGAAGAAGGUGAACAGAUGUUGGUGUAUGAAUAUAUGUCUAAUGGCACUCUACGAGAUCAUCUUUCAGGUAAACCUUUAAGUUCAAGAAAUCCAAAAUGACAACCUUUAAUUCUAUAUGCAAAUAUCAUGAUUCUUAGU